AUGUCCAGCCAUGACAGCAAGUCAGCAACAGCCUACACGAUCGCCGACUUGAGCAGGGAGUUCGCUGGGGAAUUCACAGAGGAGGAAAUUCAAGAGCAUCUGAAAGGAGACAGAGCCGCGCUACAGCCAUCUGCAAAGGUGUGUCCGUCCGUGUUUGUGGCGGGACUUUGCUGGGCAACCACCGACGAGAGACUUUACGAUUUUUUCGGCACUUGUGGUGUAGUGGUGUCAGCGGAAGUCUGUCUGGACCACUGCACAGGCCGUUCGCGAGGCUUUGGGAAAGUGACCUUCGCAUCGCUCGCAGCAGCCAGCAAAGCCCUCUCGCUGUGCGACGCCUUUCUGGACGGCCGGCCGAUUUCCGUGCGGCCCUUCGAGGCGAUCCCUCCACGCAGAGGCGGCAGCGAUGCACCAUCUUUUGAGGUGUUGGUUGACAGCAUCAGUUGGAACACCACCGAAAUCAGCCUGAAGAACCACUUCGAGAAUUGUGGGGAGAUCGUAUCUUGCACUGUCUUCUAUGAUCGCAAGACUGGACAGCACAAGGGGAUCGGCAAGCUGGUGUUUGCCUCUGAAGCAGCAGCCCUGCGCGCCACGCAGAGGCACCUGUCGGAUCUCGACGGAUGGACGAUAUCCGUGAGGCCGGGCCGGACUUUCCGAGCCCAAAGAGCUCUAGCUGCAGAGCGGCAGAAGCAGGGCAGCGGUGACAUGCACGAGGGCCCUGCAGGGUUGCCGCUGUUGCGCACAGCAAUUCGGAACAACUUGCCGUCCGACACCGCUUCCCUUCAGCACCUCGGGAAGACAGUGGACAUCCCGAAAAGGGUCCCAACGACGCAUGUAAUCGAUUGGCUGGCCGAGCUUGAUCCUGCCGGCUUCUUGAAAUGCUAUUUGCCCAUCCUGUUGACGAUGGGUCAUAGAACUGCCCGGGAUGUUGUACACAAGUACGUCGAAGAAGGUCCAGGAGAGACCCCGCAACUUGCAGAGCAGCUCUUUACGGACUUGCAAGUGCAAAAGCUUGGCCAUCGCCGACUUUUCCAGCGGUGGUUCGCUGGCGUCCUACGUUGCCCUAUCCCCUCCUGA